AUGGCGCAAUUCAAACUACUUCGAUUGUUGGUAGUGUUUUUGGGCGGUGUAGUUACGAGCUCCGUGCUGGCGGCCCUAGCAACGAGCGAUAUAAAUCUUCCCCUAUCGCAGGAAGACACCCAUCAUCGGUACCAUUCGCACCAGAAGGAUGGCCACGCGCACCAACAAAAGUCCUCCUCGGAUGAACCACCGGUGGCUCAGCUGUACCACAAGGAGCACGAGCUGACGGAAACGAGCGCACGGCAGUAUGUGGCCGACAUGAAGGAAUCCGAUUUUCGUGCCCCGUCCUGGUGCAAGCAAUGCAAUGCGACGACGUUGCGUUACUGUCGCUCGCAACUAUUCCUGAACGAUCACUGCUGCUGUGAAUAUUCGCACGCCAACGAGCAACUGCCAUGGAUCUCUCACACCUGUCAUCGUAAGUUGGAAGCGGUCUGCACGGUAAACGCCGGAUCGUGCAGCAAGUACCGUGCGAUCAAAGAGUGUUGCUGCGAUCUAGAAACGAAGCUGGAGUUUAAAAACAAAUACUCCACGGGCUCCAUCGUACUGCCAGCAAGGAUUCUAGUGCCUCUUACCCUCCUAAGCUGGACUGUGCACCGUUUCGCAACCCUCAGCUAA